AAACAAAAAUAUUUUGACGUUUCGCUCUGUGCACCGUGUCCCAUCAUCACACAUCAGAAUCACGGAAUUUUGCUUAUUCCGUCUUUUGCUGGCUGGCAAGAACCGUGCAAGAGCUGAGUUGGAAAUAUUUUGCACUAACGUGGAAGAGCAAUUACUCACUCCUCUUCGAGAUGACGACCCCAAGUACCGGAAGCACCCUGCAGUUGGCCCCGCUGCGCACGGUCAACGAUUUCCUGCUCGAGUCGGCCCGGUUCCAACUGCCCAACUUUCAGGACUUGGAAAAGGUGAACAAUCGGAUUGUGAAGAAUCUGCUGUACUACCAGACCAACUACUUCCUGAUGGGCGCGGCCGUGUUUGGUCUGAUUGGACUCAUCCACCCGUACAAGGUUGUCCUCGGAGUGGCACUCCUGCUGGCCUUGUCUUACGUCUUUAUCAAGUUCUUUGCUGCGGAGGCUCGCCGUUCGAUUUCGGUCACGAGUGGCCACCAGCAACCGAACAAGUGGGCCGUCCUUGGAGGUGUCCUUGGGUGCAGCUAUCUGGUCCUUUUCCUGUUUGAUGCCGUGUUGAUUGUACUGUUUGCCGUGCUGCUGCCAAUCUUUCUGGCUCUUUUGCAUGCUUCUCUGCGGCUGCGAAACAUGAAGAACAAGAUUACCAACGCAAUGGAGGUCGUUGGCGUCAAGCAAAGCCCGAUGGGACAGUUUUUGGAAGCGAUGAACCUCAUGCCGGACGCGUUUUAACUGAUUCAGCGCCAAAAGCAACUUCUUGCUGGCAGCUUGUGUUGCUGCUCCAAACCAUCCAAGAAAUAACGUGUUUUAUGCUCUAGUUACAGUUUUUACCAGAAUUCUACCAAAAAAUACCAGUUUUACCCUCCCGCGUGUUGUUGCAACGGCUUUGUAGUGAGAUCUGAUUUAUCUUCUCUAGAACAACUUUUAUUGAAACAUGACGCAAUUACAAUUAAUAAUCGCUCCUUAAGAAUGCACUAGUCAUCGCGCGUCGUAGAGGAAGGCAUCAUGUGUAAAAACAGAAUAUUUUGAACAAUCGUGCACCUAUUAAAAAAGCCAUAUGUUCGAGUGCCGAUUGUUGGGAAAAAACCCCAGAAGACAGAUAUAGUUGAACGCGAGUGUAAAUUAUGUUGAUCACAAUCAUAUGUAAAUUAUUUUGAAUAAAAUCAUGAAGAACAAUAACA